AUGGCGGAAGAGAAGGAGCAGCUGGAAAUGCUGCCAGACUCUGCCACGCCCAGCCCCGCCCCUCUUCCCCCUGCUACUCCCAUCACCAGCCCAUCUCUGUCCUCAGGCAUCGUCAGCUGUAGUAAUGGUGGCAAUGGCAAAUGGUCCUCCUCUUCCUCCAACACCCAGCAGCCUCCAGCCACCCUGCGCUACCCACCCAGAGAGGUCCCCCCGCGCUUCCGCCAGCAGGAACACAAACAGCUGCUGAAGAGGGGCCAGCCUCUGCCGGCAGGAACCUUGACGCUGGCUCAAGGCCAGCCAACGACACCAUCCCCACCUCACCCCAGCUCUGCCAGUCCCACGGCACACACCUUCUCUGACAAGCCUCUCCACCCAGAGGUGUCCCCACAGAGUGGCCAGGUGGCCCAGUAUGAGAAUCCCCACUGGGGCCAUCUAUCCACCAAUCACAGUGCCACCCCAGCAACGAGCAACAGCAGCAACGGUGUGUGGGAUCAACUGAUCAUCGACCAAAGUGACACUGAGGCGUGGCCCUCCAUUUCCCGUGCUGAGAGCCACGCCCUUGCAGGAUGCUCCUUGGACACUGAGAGCACCACUGACAUUAAAAACAUGAGCAUGGCCACAGGGGCUGGCCAACAGGGUCACUUUCCAGCCAACCACCCCAGUAAAACUGGCACCAGUCACGCAAUGGGUUUGCUCUCCAGCCAGGGCGGGACCAGCCGAAGCUGGAUCUCAGGCCCUUCUACCGCCCCAGGAGGAGAGGGAAAGAGUGACAACAGCGGUGCACCAGUUGUAGCAAAGGUUUGGGGCUCCUCCAACUUCAACUUGAACCUUAACCCCAAUGCCAACCCUUCGGCCUGGCCAGCUCUGGGACAUGAGGGGACAGGUGCAGGUGGUGGCAGCUCUGGAGGAAGCAGCCUUCCUCCUCCAAAUCUCUGUAGCCUGCCUGAUGCUCCACCCAACCAGGGCAAUAUGGGUGGUGCUAAUGGAAGCACUACUGUUAAGGGUGCCAGCGGCAGCAGUGCCUGGGGUGGCUCGAUGUCUACUGACCCCUCAGCACCUCAUAUCUCCCCAUCCACUAAUGUGUCCUUGAGCUCAGAACCUCAAAACCUUAACACUGAUGGACCAAAUCACACUAAGCAAGAGCCUCGGAGCCCUAGCCAUGGCCUGCCCAUCUGGAGUAUGGCCAACACCAGCACAAGCCUUCUUGUAAAAUCCACACAGGGAGCCUCACAGAUGAACAGGGAGGAGGGCUCUGUCUGGGGAAAUGGAGAUGCCAAGCCCUCCAGCAGCCCCAGUGACUCUGGCUGGGAUUCAGGGGGUGGCUGGGAUCAGACAGCAGCUUCAGGCACAACUGGUUGGGAACAGGCUUCUUCCAGCAGUGACUGGCACAGGAAUUCCAGUGGCGAGGCCAAAGGAUGGGAGUCAGGCGGUUCUCCCACACAGGAACAGCAACUCAACCCCUGGACUCAUGCAGCCAAUGCCUCUGCUAGCGAAGGCAGCAGUGAUAGUCUAGAGGGUCGGCCCCAUAGGAGGGACCGUUCUUCUAAGCAAAAACACCCUCCUCUCCUGCCUGCUUGCGACCUGGACCCACGGGUUUUGUGCAACACAGGUUGGGGGCAGACCCCAGUACGGCAGCAUACAGCCUGGGAGACUGAGGAGGCAGCAUCCUCCAAUCACAAGAAUGAUAUCGGGACUGAAGCCUGGGGCACAUCCUCUAAUGCCUCCAGCUCAGGACCACUACCACCUUCAGGCAGUGCCAAUCAUAACUCCGGAACCACUUCAAGACCUGACUCUGGAGGAAAGAGUGAAGAGUGCAACCCAAACAGUGCAGCCACCCCAGGCUGGGGCACUGUUGAGUCUUGCCAUAGUCAACCAAAGUCCGGAUGGGGAGACCCUCCUAGCAACAAGAAACCACUCAGUGGUUCUGGGAACUGGGGCCAAGCUCCACCUGGAGGUCUUGCAGGCAGCAUGCAGAAAACCAGUCAGUCAUGGGGCUCUGAGGAGAAGUCCCCCACCUGGGAUGACCCCUAUUCUAAAGCCAAACUACAAGGCUGGGUAGAGGGGCCUAAGCCAUCCCAUGGUUGGGGCACCAGAGCCGGAGAGGACACUGGGACAGGUGAGUGGGGCGAAGCUGGAGAUGUAAAGAAGAAUGGCCCGUCCAGCAGCUCCUGGGAAGGAGAGGGAUCUAGCUGGAAGGAGGCCCCUUGUAACUGGGGAAAGCCUGCAACAGGAGUUGGUAGAGGCUGGGCAGAUACCUCAUGCACCAGUACCCCAGGGCAAGGUUGGAAUAACAAGUCUCAGGAGUUGGCAGCUAGCAGUGGGAGUGUGGGCUCGUGGGGAGGACCAGACUCAGUGAAGCAAAGUAGCACCGGUUGGGGUGGAGGGAAUGGUGGAGCAGUGAAACAGGACCACAAAGGAGAGCCCACUGGCUGGGAGGAGCCCUCCCCACCCUCCAUCCGCCGCAAGAUGGAGAUUGAUGAUGGUACCUCAGCUUGGGGUGACCCAAGCACUUACAACAAGGCAGUAAAUCUCUGGGACAGGAACAACCCAAGCAUGCAAGGCAAACCAGUUUCCAGCAACACCACUAACCCUCCCAACCCAAACCAUCAUCACCAGUCCCACAGUCAGCUUCCCAUCAAGGGCCAUGGCCAUGGAGGGCCUACUGCAACUAACAACCAUAUCUCCCCUGAUAACAAUGGCCCACACCAGGCUAGCAUCCCUCAUAACAGGGCCCCCCUCAUCACUCCAGGCUGGGGGGAGAUGUCCAGCGUCCCCUCCAAACCCGAAAAUACCUGGGGUGAGCCGACGCUCCCAGCAGCCACGGUGGACAAUGGCACUUCAGCAUGGGGCAAACCCCCGGGGAGCUGCGGGAGCUGGGGCGACAGUGAUGCUGAAGGUUUCGGCCGAGGUAAUGGAAAUCCAGGAUCUGCUCCCUGCAAGUCAGCUCCCAAAUCUAUGCAAGAUGGUUGGGUGAGUGGGGAGGACAUGAACCUGUCUGCCGGCCAGUGGGAGCAGGAUGAGGGUGACAUGUGGAACAGUACAGCCUCCCAGGAGAGCAACUCCUCCUGUAGCUCCUGGGGCAACCCACCUAAGAAGGGCCCACAAAAGGCAAAGGUUCCUAACAAGCAAGAUGAUGCCUGGAUCAUGAAUCGCCUUAUCAAGCAGCUGACUGACAUGGGCUUCCCUAGAGACCCUGCGGAAGAGGCUCUUAAGAGUAACAACAUGAACCUAGAUCAAGCUAUGAGUGCUCUGUUGGAGAGGAAGACAGAACUGGACAAGAGGGGCAUGGGAGUGUCUGACUAUAACAAUAGCCUGGUCAACAAAUCAAUUGGUUGCAGGCCUUCUGUCAUCUCCAAAGAACCCUCAGACCGCGCCCUCUUCCUAGACAAGGAUGGUGGCCUAGCAGAAGACGUCCAAACUUCACCGUUUAUGCCUUCUCCCAGCCUGAAGCUCCCACUAGCCAGCAGCGCCAUCCCCAGUCAAGGUUUGGGGAUAGCCAUGCAAAACUUGAACAGCAGACAGAUGCAGAGUGGAAUGUUUGUCGGUAGUGGAGCAGCACAAACCAGGACUGCUCAUCAGACCCCUCCACAGCCAACAGUGCCACCUGUCAACUCCUCACAGCCUAGUCUACGCACUCAAGUGCCUCAGUUUCUCUCCCCUCAGGUUCAAACACAGCUCUUACAAUUUGCAGCAAAAAACAUUGGUCUCAACCCUGCACUUUUAACUUCACCAGUAAACCCUCAGCACAUGACACUGCUCAACCAACUCUACCACCUGCAACUGGCAUACCAGCGUUUACAAAUUCAGCAGCAGAUGUUGCAGGCGCAGCGCAAUAUUUCUGGUCCCAUCAGACAACAAGAGCAGCAGGUUGCACGUACAAUCAAUAACAUGCAGCAGCAGAUUCAGCAGCACCAGCGGCAGCUGGCCCAGGCUCUGCUGAUGAAGCAGCAGCCGCAGCCGUCCUCCCACCUCGGCCCGCACCCCAACGGAGGAAAAUCAGCACUAGACUCCUACCCUGGGCACCCCCAGGCCACUGGCCUCUCUGACCUACAGACCAAAGAGCCUCCGGCUGCCCCGUGCUCCUUCAGCACUUACCCACUCUCUGGCCUAAACCCCAACAUGAACGUAAACUGUGUGGAGGUGAGUGGCCUGUCUGUGAAGGAUUCCCCCCAGCCACAGUCACGGCUCGCACAGUGGACACACCCCAACUCCAUGGAGAACCUGUCAGGUAUCUCCUCACCUAUAGAGCCCAACCUCAGCAAGCAUGGCCCCAGUCUUGGCUCCACAGGCAAGCCCACUCUUGAUGAGUCCUACAGCCCAUACAAUCUGAUCCCCAGCUCUGAGUCCCCAGGCAGCCCCCUAGUGGGCCCUGACAGCUGGGGCCAAGGCAAGACCACCAGCGACAAGAUGUCCAAUGGGACCAGUGUCAGCUGGCCUCCAGAGUUCUGCCCAGGAGUUCCGUGGAAAGGACUGCAGAAUAUUGACCCUGAGACUGACCCCAACGUGACCCCAGGAAGCGUGCCAAGUGGUCCCACCAUCAACACUAACAUCCAAGAUGUGAACCGCUACCUGCUGAGAGACAGGAGUGGAGGUAAACUCUCAGACCUGAAGUCCACCUGGUCCCCUGGGCCAAUCUCACACACGCAGGCCUCUCUGUCCCAUGAGCUCUGGAAGGGGUCCCGAAACACCACAGCUCUAACACGACCUCCCCCAGGCCUGACCAACACCAAGCCGUCCUCCACCUGGGGGGGGCCCUCCCUGGGUCUGGUGCCUGGCUGGACCAACUCCUACUCCUCAGGUACCACAUGGAGUACAGACAGCCCUAGCAGGACCAGUAGCUGGCUGGUGUUGAGGAAUCUCACUCCUCAGAUCGAUGGAUCCACGCUGCGUACGCUGUGUAUGCAGCAUGGCCCUCUCAUCACAUUCCACCUCAACCUGACCCAGGGCAACGCUGUUGUCCGGUACAGCUCCAAGGAAGAGGCUGCCAAAGCACAGAAAUCCCUGCACAUGUGCGUGCUGGGUAACACAACUAUCCUUGCAGAGUUUGCUGGAGAGGAGGAGGUGAACCGCUUCUUCGCACAGGGCCAGACCCUUACCCCCACCGCCAACUGGCAGGCCAAUCCGGGCACGGGUCAAACGCGGCUAGCGGGCACGGGCACGGCCUCCUCGCACCCCAUCAGUCACUGGAACAGCGGUAGCCUGGGAGGAGGAGGUGGUGCAGGAGCAGGAGGAGUGGGGGGUGGAGGGGGUGGGAAGGCGGGGAGUGAGCUGCUGUGGGGAGGCGUGCAGCAGUACUCCAGUCUGUGGGGACCACCCAGCGCAGAGGAUGCCCGUGUGAUAGCGAGCCCCACCCCAGCCAACACACUGCUGCCUGGAGACCUACUGAGCGGUGAGGCCAUGUAGAGGACAACCCGCAAACAGAAGACUCCCAUCAAAGAAAAACAUCUAAACAUUUAAAAAAAAAUACUAAGAAUUUAUACAGAAGCAAAAACCAAGCAAAUCAUGUGUUGAUAAUCAACAUCAGUGGAACUGUGAAAGCAGAGACAGGAAGUUUCUGUAAAGGCUGCUGACCUUCACAUAGUUUUUCUUUUAUUCUGUGUGUCAUCUCAUUGACUUUUUGUGAUGUUUGUUACAAUACUCUGUAGGACUUAGUUUUUUGGGGCGGGGAGCAUAGAAGAGAUCAGUGACAAAGCGAAUCAA